CACAGUGACCUAAAGACGUGUCAAGUGAGGGGCGGGAAAGAGACUACCAUUGAGAUCGUCAAAGAGAAACUCGGAUUAGGACUCAGUAUUGUCGGCGGUUCCGAUACACCUCUGAAUGCAGUUAUUAUCCAUGAGGUAUAUCCCGACGGCGCGGCCGCACUCGACGGCCGAUUAAAACCCGGCGAUCAGAUCUUAGCCGUGAAUAACGAAGACUUGAGAGACGCGUUACAUGAACGCGCGAUCGCAGCCCUUCGCCAAACACCUCCUGUCAUCAAAUUAACAGUUUUUAGAGACAACGCGGAGACACAAGAGGAAGACGCGAGUGAUAUAAUAGAUAUUGAGUUACAUAAAAAGUCUGGCAAAGGCUUAGGAUUAAGUAUUGUUGGAAAGAAGAGCGGUUCUGGAGUUUUUAUUUCCGAAGUGGUAAAGGGAGGCAUCGCUGAAUCGGACGCUCGACCGCACCUUAUGGUUGGCGACCAGAUAUUAGAGGUUUGA